AUGGAUCCGUUUUUGUCCCUGCUGCACGCUUUCUCUUCGAGCUUGUCGGACACUGAGCUGUCCUCCCUGAAGUUUCUCUGCCGGGACAGAAUUAGCAAAAGGAAGCUGGAGUCUGUGCGAAGUGGCAGGGAGCUCUUCACCAUCCUUCUCGAGCAGCAGGAUAUUGCGAGAGAUAAGGUGGAUUUUCUUGAAGAACUGCUGAAAGGCAUUAAAAGAAAAGAUUUGGUCGCACAGCUGAACCAGUUUGUAGAGGAGGGAGGAAUUAAUACUUCUGAUGACCAGCUAGAUGAGCAUGAAAAACGUUGUCAAAAGGUAGCUAUUGAAGUCAUAUGUAAUAAUGUUGGGAAACACUGGAGAAGGCUGAUGAGAAAACUUGACCUUUCUGAAGUGCAGCUGGACAGAGUAGUGGAAGCCCAUCGAGGUGACCUGCGUGAACAGUUGGUUCAGGCACUUCGGGAGUGGCAGAGGAGCAAGGGAAAAGAUGCAAAGGUGACUGACUUAAUAAAAGCUCUUCGGGCCUGUGAGAUGAAUUUGGUGGCAGACAAAGUUGAACAGGAGCUCUUGGGACUGAACACUGGAACCAGGUGA